CCUAAUCCAACCUCACCUUUUCCCUUUUUCCUUUCGGUAUCCUCUCCACACAUCCGCUCAAUCCACGGUUUGACGUCCAGCAAUAGUCGAACACCGCACCCUAUCCUCCUCGGCCCUCCUCCCUCUAGACACACGCUGCCAUGGAAUCGCAACGGCCGAAUGAUGUGUCGCCCGAGGCGAUGCAGGCGCGCAUCCAGCAAGCGCGACGCGAGGCUGAGACGCUGAAGGACAGGAUCAAGCGGAAGAAGGACGAACUGGCAGACACGACCCUGCGCGCGGUAUCGCAGCAAUCACACGACUCCAUCCCCAAGAACCAAUUGAUGAAGACGAAAAGAACGCUCAAGGGCCAUUUGGCAAAGAUAUACGCCAUGCACUGGUCGACAGACCGAAGACAUCUGGUAUCUGCCUCGCAGGACGGGAAGCUGAUUAUCUGGGAUGCCUACACCACAAACAAGGUCCACGCCAUCCCUCUGAGAUCGUCAUGGGUCAUGACCUGCGCAUACGCUCCGAGCGGAAACUACGUAGCAUGCGGUGGUCUCGACAACAUCUGCUCCAUUUACAACUUAAAUCAGAACCGAGAUGGUCCGACGCGUGUGGCGCGGGAGCUAUCCGGACACGCGGGAUAUUUGUCCUGCUGCCGGUUCAUCAACGACCGGAGUAUUCUGACUUCAUCUGGGGACAUGACGUGCAUGAAGUGGGAUAUCGAGACGGGAACCAAGGUCAUUGAGUUUGCGGAUCAUCUAGGCGACGUCAUGAGCAUCAGCUUGAACCCGACAAACCAAAACACCUUCAUCUCGGGUGCUUGCGAUGCAUUUGCCAAGCUGUGGGAUAUCCGCGCCGGCAAGGCCGUCCAGACAUUUGCUGGUCAUGAGUCCGAUAUCAACGCCAUCCAGUUCUUCCCCGACGGCCACUCUUUUGUGACGGGUUCCGACGACGCCACUUGCAGAUUAUUUGAUAUCCGCGCAGACAGGGAGCUCAACCUCUAUGGGUCGGAGUCAAUUCUUUGCGGCAUCACGUCUGUUGCCACCUCAGUAUCCGGUCGCCUUUUGUUCGCCGGUUACGACGAUUUCGAGUGCAAGGUCUGGGACAUCACUCGGGGGGAGAAGGUCGGCUCUCUUGUGGGCCACGAGAACCGUGUUAGCUGCUUGGGAGUUAGCAACGACGGCAUCAGCCUUUGCACGGGUUCUUGGGAUUCAGUGUUGAAAAUCUGGGCCUACUAAACAUCGGAAUCCCGCUAUGACGACAGCGAUAUGCAUAAUACUGGGCCAUUACACCGCUGGAGCGCCUCAUCCGGCACACCUUUCUUCGAGUGGUUAUUUUGAAUUAAUUCAACCUUGAUACGCCUUUUAAUCUCCAAGACGUGGCGUAUCCAGGACGAAGUGACGACUACUACAGCCUUUUUCCCAAUACCUAUUUCCUUCGACGAGACACCACACUCGACUCUUACCGCCACCGAUUCGACAGACGAUAGAGCAAUGAGCUGGUUGAGUCGAGCUCCGGUCAGCAACCUCGAUACUAUACUCCCUCUUAAUCUCUCCUUCC